CACCAAGCCAGCGAGCAGCAGCAGCACAGCCAGCAGCUCCACCACGUCGGGACUCGCAGCACCAGUACGCUCCCGACGCCCCAGCCACUUGUUACUCGCUUCGGCCGCACCUGCUCCGCUUGCGGCAGCCGCUGAGGUGCUCCUCGGUCCUUCGAGGGCGACGUUGUGUGCUGUGGAGGUGCUUGCGUCAGCUCGUGCUUUGCGAUCGUAGCGUGAGGCUUGAUAACGAGUGUCUAGAUCGGUGUUGUGAUUCUCGUCGUCUCGCUUUUGGGUGCUGUGUUGUGUGCGGCGCGAUGGGGGCGGCGACGUAGAGUGUUUGUGUUUUUAUGCGCCGAAGGGAAGCUACACUGUUCGGGGACGAGAGCUUUGUCUCGGUUUAUUUCGAGAUCGGGCGUGCGUGUGCGAGCAGGAACGAAGCUCGGGCGGGGAAGCGAGAGCGAGUUUUGUGUUGCAGCGUGUGCUCGGGAGAUGAAUUCGCGUGGUGAUAGUGAUGCUUUUGUCCUUUAACAAGGCGAAUGUGUUGUGCUAUCGUAGAGGAGAAUUGGACAGGCAGGUAAGGACAGACCGACGGAGAACCAUCAUCAAAAGGGUGAUCCCAAGGUACUGGAAGAGUUGCCAGCUUGUCAAUUAAGCCGCGGUCCAGGCCCCCUCCGGCCGCGAGCAAACAGAAUCAUCAGUCAAAGUGGGCUCGCGGGAUAGAAAACGCGCCUGACACCCUUCCAUUAGCGUGGCAUGAGAUGCGAAGUGCGAGGGUAUGACAGAUGUAAAUCCGCAGGUACUUCGACCGCGCCGGCACCGCGCGUGAUCUGAAUGGAAAUAUUAAAUCCCCGAAGCUGAACGCUAGCGUCGUGGCAACCCUAGAGUGGCCGUGCGCGGGUGGGAGAUGAUUACCCCCGUUGUUUACACCUGUAGCUAGUCACCUGGUGUGCGCUGGCCCCCGGUGCGCUGGGGGAAAGGGAAGGAAAGAAUUUUCUCCCCGGGGCGCGAGGAAACUGCGCGCGAAAGACGGAUGUGAUGAAGGCCUUUGUGGCUCCUAUGACAGUCAAGGUUACACAAAAGUCAAGGUCGGGGAUCGGCGAGGCUGUUUUGUGUAUCUGUGCUGGAGAUGCCUGUGCUGAGGGCGAAGAGUCCGCGGGUCGAGGGCGGGCGGUGUUACCCCAAGGUGUGCUGGUCCGCCGUGACCCGCGCCACCCACUGGGGGCUCAGCACGCGCUCGUCCACCCCCGAGACGCACUCCGCCAAGUCUGCGAGGAGUGCGAAACCGUCGCAAAUCUUCAACGGCUUCCCAGUCGAUUCGGAUCAGGGCGGCGUCACGAGCGGGCCGGGCGGUGAUUCAGAGGCGAACGGCUGCAGAAGGGAGAUGGGAGCACCCAGGGCCCCCGCGGCCCCCGCCCGCCACCAGGGGAGAGUGCAUGCCGCUCAGCCCCUCCCCGCGAGCACGCUCCCCCGGGGGGCGCAGCAACACCGCCAGGCUCGCCACCAGUCCAGUACCCCUAGAAGUGCCACGCCGUCUCGGUCGCUUGCCUCUCCCUCCGCGGGCAAGAACUUGAGCAAUGGCAGUGCUUUCCGGACGCCUGGAACCAGACUCCGCUUCUUCUCCAGGAGUGUAGCGGCGCCUCCCCCGCCUGCAUGUGACGAUCUUCACUGUGACGUCGACGACCUGUGUGACGCCAGCAGUGUGAGCGAUUGCAGCAGCGCCAGCGAUGCACAUAGCUCCAGCGGUGGUCACAGCGCGCGUGACUCGUGCAGUGGAAGCGACGACGACGGUGCUUGCUCUGGCACGUGCUGCAUACCGGCGGGUGACGCGCCGUGCUGUCUGCUGCCCUGUGCCCACGCUUCUGCGGGUGCCAAGAUAAUUAAGAGUGCCAUCAGUGUGCCCUCGACGAGGCACUGUGGUUAUGGUGUCUGUUGGAACGAGAAUGACGCCAGCAUAGCCAAGAUGCCUCUGAGAGGUCGGGGCGACGAGGACGUGACGACAGCGGCGUGUAUGGGUGCUCUCAGCAGCCGAUUCUACGGCCUCGGCGCUCGAGAUGGCGGUGCCGGCCGGGCAACGACGCCGAACGGCCAUUGUGACGCCCAGGUGCUUGACAGGUGCGACGGGGAGGCUCUGUCGCCCCGUCACCCCCGUGCUGAGAGUGACCCUAGUGUGAGUAGAGGCAAGGACGCGUGUGACAGGAACACGACCCAGCGCGGCAUUGUGUGUCGCAUUGGCCGUCAGCAGGACAGCGGUGCGACGCCGAUGGUGCGACAAGACACUUUCACAAUAGAGAGAGGGCAAGGCGGGAUCAACCCUCGAGGGGAAGGGGGCCUCUCCUUGCCCAUGCUGUCGAGGCCGCUCUGCCCCUCCCCGACGCCCACGCCCUCCCUCGCCACCCUUAGGCCCAGGGUUGGCCAGAGUGGCACUUCCAACGGGUCCAAACUUAGGCCUCCUGCCACUCAUUUCCGCGAGGCCGCCCGCCUCAGCCCUGCCAGGUCGAACGGCGCUGCCUCGGCCCCGUACUCCCGGGGGGCGCUGUCGCAGCCCAGGGCGGCCUCGAGGGGAGGGCGGAGCAGGAGCGCCAGUGAGAACGGGGACUUGGGAGCAGAGGAAAGGCUCGGUGGAGGCGCUAACACUCCGCCGUGGGAGCCUCACCAUGUCGCCAAGGGUCCACGUGGGAGUGGCAACACUAAGCGCGGUGCCCCGUACUCCCGCAGCAGCGUCAGCAGUGAUGAACACGAUCACCAGGCGGCCGCAGGACAGCAGAAGGAGGACCCGCCCUCCCACCAACCCACACACCGAGGCCGCCGUGCCAUGAAGAUCACAUUGCGCGAAGAGGCCACGAAAAAGAACACUAACCUCACUACUCCAGCGUCUAGGACUCGAUCAGGCUCCCGGAGUUCCGGUGGUUCCAGCCCAGCAACCAUACAUGGGCGGGCUCCACACAAGACUGCCACAGUCACUCCGGCCCCUAAUAAAGUUACCCCUAAGAGUAGUUCUCUCAACAGGUUCGGAUUCCGUAGCAGUGCGCAAGUCAAAUCUGGUGAUAGCACUGACAGUGUUAAUUCCAUACUAAGUGAUGCGCAGACAAUAUCUGACUCAAAUUCCAAUAUCUUUGAAUUAUGUGAAGAGGAAAAUGAAAAUCUUAAAAGCACAAAGAAAAGUAGUGAAACAGAUGUGUGUGACAACAAUGACAUUCAUGUGCAAAAUAGGUUAGCGUUGUCCAACACAAAGGUGAAUAAGUCUCCUACCCCAUACAGUACUCCAAGAGGCACACCAAAUCUACAGUCAGGUCGAAUUACAGCUUUUACCCGACAGUUACCGAAACCUCAAGUAGUUACUGUUAAGUCAUCUGUCAGUCCGAAGCCACAAACUCCACUGUCCUAUAGCCCUAGGCCCUACACCCCUAAACCCCACAGUCCUAAAACCCAAAGUCCAUUAGUCAGAGACAGAACGAAGAGCCCCUCAUUAAGAUCUCUUUCCAAUACCCCCUCGAAAGCUCCCCUAGAACAAACUCCUAAAGCAAAGCAGCAGUUCUUGAAUAGCAGUCACAGGAUUCCUCGGGUGUCAAGAGACUCGGAGUCCUCCACCAGGUCGGGGACUGAAGUGGACUCAGGGCUGGGAUCCUCGAGCGAAAGCGACAAGAUUCGCGGUGAAGGGGAGACAGACACUCUUGGAUCCAGUAAUGUAGAGAGUACAGAAGAUAUGUCCGAUGCAUGGCUUAGAGGGAAGAGGACACAGGUAGAUCCAGCUAAGAGGCGGUCAGGUAAUAUGGAAGUCCAUUUUAAUGGCACAGGAGAAUUUGAAUUGAAGAGACGCAGUUUAGAAUGUAAAGAAUCAAGUCCUUCUGAACCACAACUUUCAUCAGUCAAACCAGAGGUUCCCCCGGAAAAGAAAUCUGAACCAAGUAAAGAAAAACGUGAAGGCACAAUAACCUACAGUAUGGCAAGACAGAAGUUUGCUCCAUACAGUCGUGGUCGCAUUGGCUACGGGUACCAGGGCACUGCUGGAAGGAGCAGUGAAGGUGCUUCAUCAAAUAAUGCUAAUAACUCAAGCACAAAUGUGACAAAGAUCCCUGGAAGCUCAGGUCUAGUCAGAAACCGUGUCGCCAUGCUGGAGAAGACUCCUACAAAGACAACUCCACAACCACCAGUGAGAAGAAGCAGUCUGAAGAAACCAGUAAUCAGACCCACAUCUUUGGAAAAGACACCUAUUCUAGUCAUGCCUGUCACAGAAAAGACAGUAGAACUUAGUAAGCCUGUGUGUAGAAGGCUGGAAUACAGUGAAUGCAAGAAUGUGAAAAGUGAUGCACAAAAUGAGAUAAGUGGUGAAAUACAACAGGGAAUAAAUCCUAAACUUUCUACCUCACAUCCAAUGGCUGAAGACAUUCUGAUUGUGGGUUCAAUUGAGGUAGAAACACAUACAGACAAUAAUAUCCUUUUAGAAGCUGAAAAUCAUGGAAGUUAUUAUGAAAAUUCCUAUGAAAAAACUCCACUUAUAGUCAAGGAAGUACCUUUGAAACAUAGUCCAGAAAACAACAAAGCAAAUGAGAAUAAAGCAGCAAAUGAUGUUAUCGAAAAGGAAAAAUUACAUGUUGUGACAUUUGACGGGGAUUCAUCUGAGUAUUUGUCAGAGACUACUAAUGACUACACAGACAGCAGUUUAUCUGAGAGAAUUGAGGAUAGUUGUGACACAGGGGAAAUGGUGAAUGGGCAUUACCUCCAGUCUCCAGAUGAGUUUGGAAUGAAGAUUCUAACUCCUCAGUCUGAGUCAUCAUUUGAAAUACUGGAAUCAUUAAGUGAAACAGUGGAGUUGAGCACAGAAGAAGCCAGGGAUGACUACUCCCUCACAGAACCAGAAAUCAGUGAGAGCAAGGCCACGAUUCUUGAAAUUAAAAGACAGGAGUCAGCUGAUGGAUUGGCUCCUUCAACUUCUGGUUCAGAGGAGAGAACAUCAACUGAAGAAUUAUCCAAACCUCCCUUGAAGCCAAAACCAAAGCUUCCUUCCGUAUCACCAGAAAAUCUGACAAACCCAAGUGAAGUAAGUAAGCCAUCUUGUGUCCCCACAGAUAUUCAAAUUGCCAAGCCAGAGAGUUCCCAAAAAUCACCAGUUGGGUCACCUGUUGACAAGAAGAAACCGGUGGGCAUGGGGAUGACUUUAGUCAAAGCAACAGACAUGAAAUCCUCUGUGGAUUCCUCUAUAGAUUCUCCGAAGUCAACCACAGGAAAUCCUAUGGUGGAAUCGUCUGACCGCUCGACGCUUUCUGGGAAAUGCACUCCCACCUUAAACUCUGGCAGGGGAGACUUGGAUCAAGAUUUUCUGAUUGAUGAUGAGAUCGCAGAUCAACCAGGCCUCAUGUUUGGUGGGUCCACAAUGGCAUCUUCAUUCUUCACAGAUGAUGGAAUAUUCGAUGACUUGACAGCAACCUCUCCAAGUCAUGUGCCACUUAAGUCAGCUGCAGUAGGUUCGGGAAGGAGUCGUGCCAACAGUGUGGACACAACCUCUAGUCUUGGCGCUGAUGACCUCAUGCUUGACUUUGACAUAGAAGAGGGCAAAGCAGGAGGUUCGUCUAACAGGUCUUCUAACAGUUCGUCCCUCAGUGUUGGCCUCCCUGGAUCCCUAACAGGGGCACGUCCAAAAAAGAUGCACCUUCGCAUUACCAUUCCUGGACGCAGAUAUGACGAGGAAGUUCUCAGUCCAGAUGCCAGCGAAAUCUUCAGCGAAUGGACAGCCAUGAUGGCGGAAGUGAGCAGCUCAGUUGCAGAAAGAUGUGUGUCUCGAGAUGGCAGCAGCGGAGGAGGACGGACGUCGCGGCCCAGGCUCAACAGCUCCUCGGAUGUGUCUUCACCGGACCCCAGGCGGCCCACCGUGCUCAGACCGCCGCGGCAGGGUGGCUUGUCCGAGGGAGAGGGAGGUGGAGUCUGCAUUGACCGCACUUCGUAUCACUACAUGUGCCAGGAUGUCACAGCCCUCAAGACCAUGCUGCUGCGUCUCAGAAGAGUUCUUCAGGCUGCUGACACCAUAAAUCCAUUUGAUGCCAAUCUACGGAACUCAUUAUAUCUCAGCCUAGCCAGCAGUGACUCUCCAGGAGGCUGUGGUAUCAAUGGCGACAAGGAUUCUCUUACACCAUCUGUGAUUGAGCUGUCCCAAGAAAACAUAGACUUACGGAGACAAGUUGUGCUCCUGCAGCAACAACUGGAAGAACGAGACCGUACCAUAAGGCUCUUACAACAGCAAUUAGCACAGAGUUUAGCGAGCCAGAAAACGACUUGUAAUCCUACCGAUGCCGAAGCCCCAACAAACACGGUGAACGCUGCCACGCAGACAGAGCGUUCCUCCCGUCCCACACUCACUGGAUCCAGCCUCUCGCGAGCGGCUUCCAUUGACGAUGGACUUGGACCAACUGUCAGCUUCCGGCUGGGCAAGGGUGAGAAGAAAGAAAAUGAAAUAUUCAGCAGGUACACGUUUUCUGAGGGUGAAGGUGAUUGUAUGGGUCGAGGACGAAGCACAUCAGCACCGGAGCAUCGCCAGCCCAGAGCAGCCAGCCAGCCACCGGCACUUCUUAACCGACAUCCUACUCAAUCAUGAUCAUCACUUGACAUGAAACCAACUUGCUAUGACACAAUGCCAGCUACAACUAUCACCUUUCACUGAUCCAAACUCAUACCAUAAUCAACAUGGACUUCCUAGGUUCAGUGAAUCUGUUACCUAUUUUUAUAUAUAUAUAUCAUAACCUUACUGACUUUAAGCUUGUUGCUUUCAAACCACCUAAAGUAAUGCUUUACCAGAUGUACGACUUCCUUUAAGACUGUGCUACUGUCAGAGGCACUUCGAAAAGUUGUAUAAUGUACUCAAGAGGUGCAGUUUGUAAACUGCUGAUUUAGUUGUGAAAUAUUACAUGAGAAAAAUAUACAAGAUAAAAAGUUGAAUGAAAAAUAUAGAUUCUUCUAUGAUUAAACAUAUUCAUGCUUUUGGGGAACUUUUAGUGCCACAAAGUAAAAUGUAAAACAUGGAAUGAGCUUGGGUUACAUAUGAAUUGUGUAUCACUUAAUCCUAAUUGACAUAAGAGCAGCCUUCCGGUCUCCUAACUUUGUGAUACUCAUCAUAUCUCCUCUGUGUUCAUUCAUGCUGAAAAUUGAAAGCAGUCAUUGUUUACACUUAUUGGCUAAGGAAAAGUUAAUAGUUGAGUGGUAGAUCUAUUGUGGGGAUUCUUACUGUAACAUUCUUAUGGAAUAUACAAAAAUCUGUUAUAGAUGCUUAAACCUUAUUGCAAUGUAUAUUGGUUCUGCAAGCAACUGUUGAAUAUAAGUGUAUUAUACUGGUUCUGAACCUACAUAGCAACAUUACAGAUAGGUAGCAGACAUUUAGCUGCUAACAAUGUGUUGUAAGCUUCUGAAGUAGAAGUUGUAGACAAUAAACUAUACUAAGUAGAAUAUGCCAUAUUAUAACUGGUGUAAGCAGUUUUCAUAAUUUUUGAGCAGCUUUACAGAGAAUGGAAGCACAACUUACAAUAGUAAUUCUCCAGAAUAAAAAAGCUGUUCCUUUACAGGAUAGUCAAAGAACAUGGAGUCUAUCCAUCAAAGCAUGACCAAGAAAUAAACUUAUAAUCAUAUGAACUGCUUGUGAUCAACACUUCUUGCUGCACUGCAAUGAAAGCUCGCCAUUGAUUCAGUGUAAUUUAUUGUCAUACGUCAAGUCACCCUCAAGCAUAAAAUAUUCCAAGGCUGCUCUUGCUUGUCCAAUAAUGACAUGUGAUAAAAUCAGGGUUUGCUGACAUGUGAAGAAGCUACAGUGUAAAAUUAAAGGUCAUGUAUUACCAAUGCUUUUAACUUAUUGACAUAAUUUUAUUAUUUUUUAUAUAUAGAACUUUAUGCAUUCAUAGGAUCACUGUAUAUAAACAUGGACAUGUACUUUACAAAAGGAAGAAUUAGAGAUUAUUUGGUACAUGUUGAAAAGUAGUUCCUCUCGUGUCAUAAUGUCAAACCCUGAGGUUAUCAUAACUAUAUAACAUUUUUAUGAGUGUCUUUGCUAAAAUUUAAGCUUAAAAGGACCAGUAUGGGAGCUACAGUAUGUAGAUAUGAUUUUUUUGAGGACAUGACUGGUUAAAAAGUCUGUAAAUAGGAAAUAUAUUUAUUGAAGUAUUUAUACCUCAUGAUCCAAAUUCACAUUCAUCAUUUGCCUGCAGGUGAGUUCAAGAUAAGUAACAUUUGAUAUGAUUAGCUUAGACAAAAAUACAAGGUUAAAAUAAAUACCAUUUUAUUACAUUUUGUUGCAUACUUUAAGGAUUUCAUUAUUUUUUCUUUUUAAAGAUCUCUAAAGUCUGUUGCUCAUCUGUCCUGCAAGCAUUUGAUGGUGAAACCAAUGCCAAAGAACAUGAACUAUACUUCUGAUUAUGUUUUGUUAUCAUUUUCUUUAGGAACUGUGAUGUUUAGUUUAUGUGAUAGUAUUAUAGAUUCUAUCCAAAAAAAAAUGUGAACAUUCCAUUGUCUUUAUCUAAAAUGGUUGUCCAUAUUUUUCAGUUUUGUUAAAGGUUUUCAAAUAGGCGUACACUUAAUGUUGGCUGUAACUUGAAAGUUGAAGUGUACUUUGUCAUGAAACAGUAACAGAGAUCAAUAUUUUAUUUAGCAAUGUUUUAAUUUUUUGUUAGGAAUCCAACUAUUGUUGGAAUUAUUAGGGAAGAUGAUGGCACAUGUAUGCAGUGUUGUGAAAACAAGUGCGUGUGAGCACUGCCACUUGUGCUUAGCUUCAAAUUUAUCCAGUGGUUGUAAAUGCGCUGACAUGCCAACUUAUCAUAAAUAUAUACAAACAAAAAUA